AUAGAUGUGGAAUUAAACCGCAUUCCUACCAAUUCUCUCCCCACCUCCUAAUUAUACAAGGGCUACUUACAAGGAGGUAUCUUUAAAAAAUAUUAUUAUUACUGUCUGAGCCUUUGAAGGAUCAUUUUUAGGACAGUGAAGAAUAAGGGCUCCUUCGUGUGUGAGAAUCAAAUAGUACCCGUAAACUCUCCUCUGUUCAGCCCUAUAUAAUUUAUUUUGGAGUUAGGGGUCUUUCUCCUCCUCGCCAGAGGGAGGGUUCACUCCGUUAGGAGAAGAUCGAUUUUAGGCGGCUACCUACCUGCCUUUGCUGGAUGAAAGACAAUUUACUCCCAGAGCGGUGAAUUGUCAGCUCCCUCCGUGACUGACAGCCGCACCUGCCACUUAUGUGGGUAGAACGGGACCGGUGGAACCCCAAGAGCCAAUCAAUGCUCGGGAGAGGAGGGAUGCUGCCACUUGUCAUGGUUAGUUUCCUGGUUGGCUCUUUAAAUCAGUGGUUUUACUUAACCAUUGGUUUCCACCAGGUAGAACUCCAGCUGUGAGAAGCAGAGAAACAGGAAACCAACUCCUCAAAAUGUGGGCUUAGAAGCGAAUGGCAGCAUUAAAGCUCCGACACAUUAAAGAACUUGCCCAAGAUCACAGAACUAAUCUCUGAGUGGAGCCAUCUCCUGGUACAGACUCUACAAAGAAUGUGGUGAAAAUCUACAGUCAGUGAAGGAAACAUCGGCCUAAGCCAUCGCGCUGCCUAGCAUUUCUUCCCUUCAGUAGCACCACGUCACAGAAGAAAAAUGUACGGGAGUGCUAGAACAAUCGGCAACCUGGAAGGCAGCCCUUCCAGAUCACCGCGUUUGCCAAGGUCUCCUCGUUUGGGCCACCGAAGAACAAGCAGUGGGGGAGGGGGAGGGACAGGCAAGACUCUGUCUAUGGAGAACAUCCAGUCCCUUAAUGCCGCCUAUGCCACGUCUGGACCCAUGUACUUGAGUGACCAUGAAGGGGUGGCAUCAACAACUUACCCAAAGGGCACCAUGACUCUAGGCAGGGCCACAAAUCGAGCUGUUUAUGGAGGCCGGGUCACAGCCAUGGGGAGUAGUCCCAACAUUGCUUCCGCUGGACUUUCCCACACAGAUGUCCUUUCAUAUACGGAUCAACAUGGAGGGCUGGGUGGCUCAUCCCACCACCACCACCACCAGGUGCCCUCCAUGUUGAGGCAGGUAAGAGACAGCACGAUGUUGGAUCUUCAAGCCCAGCUCAAAGAACUGCAGAGAGAGAAUGACCUCCUUCGCAAGGAGCUUGACAUUAAGGACAGCAAACUGGGGUCUUCCAUGAACAGCAUCAAGACUUUCUGGAGUCCCGAACUUAAGAAGGAGAGAGUCUUGAGGAAAGAGGAGGCUGCUCGCAUGUCUGUCCUCAAGGAGCAGAUGAGGGUUUCUCACGAAGAAAACCAGUUACUGGACGCCAGAAGAACGAAGCACCUGCAGUUGACCAUCCAGGCCCUUCAGGAUGAACUGCGGACCCAGAGAGACCUCAACCACCUCCUGCAGCAAGAGAGUGGCAACCGAGGAGCAGAGCAUUUCACCAUUGAGCUGACGGAGGAGAACUUCCGCAGGCUCCAAGCCGAACACGACAGGCAGGCCAAGGAGCUGUUCCUUCUGCGGAAGACAUUGGAAGAAAUGGAGCUAAGGAUUGAAACACAGAAACAGACUCUCAAUGCCCGCGACGAGUCCAUUAAAAAGCUCCUGGAGAUGCUGCAGAGUAAGGGCUUGCCAUCGAAAAGCCUGGAGGACGACAACGAGCGCACUCGACGGAUGGCCGAGGCUGAGUCUCAGGUCAGCCACUUGGAAGUGAUUUUAGACCAGAAGGAGAAGGAAAACAUCCACCUGAGAGAGGAAUUGCACCGAAGAAGCCAACUUCAGCCGGAGCCAGCCAAGACGAAGGCGCUCCAGACUGUCAUCGAAAUGAAGGACACAAAAAUUGCUUCACUGGAACGGAACAUCCGGGACCUCGAGGAUGAGAUCCAGAUGUUGAAAGCCAAUGGUGUGCUCAACACAGAGGACCGCGAGGAGGAGAUCAAACAGAUCGAGGUGUACAAAAGCCACUCCAAGUUUAUGAAGACCAAGAUUGACCAGCUGAAACAGGAACUUUCCAAGAAGGAGUCAGAACUUCUUGCCUUACAAACAAAGCUUGAAACCCUUAGCAAUCAGAAUUCAGAUUGCAAGCAACACAUUGAAGUGCUUAAAGAGUCACUUACUGCCAAAGAACAGAGGGCUGCCAUCCUUCAGACUGAGGUAGAUGCACUGAGAUUACGGCUGGAAGAGAAAGAAUCUUUUCUCAAUAAGAAAACGAAACAGCUCCAAGACCUCACUGAAGAGAAGGGGACCCUAGCUGGAGAGAUCCGUGAUAUGAAAGAUAUGUUAGAAGUAAAGGAAAGAAAAAUCAAUGUUCUUCAGAAAAAAAUUGAAAACUUGCAAGAACAACUUAGGGAUAAGGACAAACAACUGACCAACCUGAAAGACAGAGUGAAGUCCCUGCAGACGGACUCCAGCAACACUGACACUGCUCUGGCCACGCUGGAGGAGGCCUUGUCGGAAAAGGAGAGAAUAAUAGAGCGCUUGAAAGAGCAGAGGGAGAGAGAUGAUCGGGAGAGACUAGAAGAGAUAGAAUCCUUUCGAAAGGAGAACAAAGACCUCAAAGAGAAGGUCAAUGCUUUACAGGCUGAGCUGACAGAGAAAGAGUCUAGUUUAAUCGACCUCAAAGAACAUGCAUCUUCAUUAGCUUCUGCAGGACUGAAGAGGGACUCCAAACUAAAGUCUCUAGAAAUAGCCAUUGAACAAAAGAAGGAGGAAUGUAACAAACUGGAAGCACAAUUGAAAAAGCAAGCUGAACAGUUGUUCAAUCAGAUGUACAAUCCAGCGCAUAAUAUUGAAGAUGACUCCAGGAUGAACCCCGAGUUUGCAGACCGACUGAAACAGCUGGACAAGGAAGCAUCUUACUACCGUGAUGAGUGUGGCAAGGCUCAAGCAGAAGUCGACAGGUUGCUGGAGAUCCUCAAGGAGGUGGAGAAUGAGAAAAACGACAAAGACAAGAAGAUUGCGGAACUUGAGAGCUUGACUCUCAGGCAUAUGAAAGAUCAGAAUAAGAAGGUGGCCAACCUCAAGCACAACCAACAGCUGGAGAAGAAGAAGAAUGCCCAGUUAUUAGAGGAAGUGCGCCGGCGAGAAGAUAGCAUGGUUGACAACUCACAGCAUUUGCAGAUCGAGGAGCUGAUGAAUGCCUUGGAGAAGACCAGACAGGAACUGGACGCCACCAAAGCACGCCUCGCCUCUACCCAGCAAUCAUUGGCUGAGAAGGAAGCACACCUAGCCAAUCUCCGGAUGGAGAGGAGGAAACAGCUAGAGGAGAUCUUGGAGAUGAAACAGGAAGCGUUACUUGCGGCCAUCAGUGAAAAGGACGCAAACAUUGCCUUGCUGGAGUUAUCUGCCUCCAAGAAGAAAAAGACGCAGGAGGAAGUCAUGGCACUGAAGCGGGAGAAAGACCGACUGGUGCAUCAGUUAAAGCAGCAGGUGGGGCGUCCUGCACGCCAGACCCAGAAUAGAAUGAAGCUGAUGGCAGACAACUAUGACGACGACCACCACCAUUACCACCACCACCACCAUCACCACCACCACCGGUCUCCUGGGAGGUCACAGCAUUCCAACCACAGGCCCUCUCCGGACCAGCUGUCAGAAGGGUUGGCUAAACGGAUAGCUCAGCACUGCAGCGAUGUCCUGAUAAUCUAUUGCAGCCUGGCUCUCUUCUUUGUCUACCAGUGGCUGCAUUCAGCGGGUCGGAAAGGAAGGGAAUUUUCGCUUUCACUUUCCUGCUCGAUUCAGUUCUCCGAGACGGUCCCAAUUGGGUGUACGGAAAAGACAGAGUAUGAAGAAGGAGGAACAAACGACAGCCCCUUCAUUUUCUGUCAAGGAUUUGGACCUUUACGACGUGAGCGCUUCUGCAGAAAGCUGCUGAAUAAGCAUUUUUUCCUGUUGCUUUGCCUCUUGGAUACACGGGCACUGCACGGGUGCAGAGUGCGGAUUCAGCUUCCGGUGGACAGCUAGCCCCGUCUCCUACUGUCGUGCUGGUCAGUCUAAGUGGUCCUAACGCCUUAGAUUAUCAGACAAUCUAAGCUUGCUGUGAGCGAGUGCUGCUGCCGGUGUUUGUAUACCACGGUGCAUGGAGUGUUUGACAAAGAAACCAAAAGACCAAAAAUCGAGAGCCUUUACCCUCCUCCGUUUCUUUAAUCUGUCGGUCAAGGAACCACAUUGAACGGUAUUAUCAGUAGUUACCUCUGGGCCAGGUUGGAAGUGAAAUCAAUUUUUUUAAACCACUAAUAACUUGCCAAGAAAUCGCCUUAUGAGAACAUGGUGUGUGUCUCUGACAGUGCGUGGCACAUCUAAAUUGGUCAUCCGUAAUUUUAUUGUCCUGCUCAUGUACUGGAGAAUGACAAAAGCCUGAGGCACCUGCAUAUCCACCCACAUGCUCCUUGAACCCCUCGGCUGGGACACAACCUGGCCUCAGGCUCUUCUUGUUCUCCUACGUGCAGGUCUCAUGACAAAGCUGAGGUUCAUUCACGUUUCACCAUCGAAAUGCUGUGCAAGCAGUGUAAGCCUGGAUCUUCUGUAAGUGAAGGGUCAUUUCUCUCUCUCUCUCUCUCUCUCUCUCUCUCUCUCUCUCUCUCUCUCUCUUUUGUUUUUUUUUGUUUUUUUUUUUGGUUUUUUU